AUGGUUGAAACUGAGAACACGACGAAUUCCAUGAAUAUAGCUCUAGAUUCGACUAGUCCGUUGUACAUGCACCCCUCUGAGAGUGCUGGAUAUGUACUGGUACCGACGAUUUUUGACGGAUCAGGAUAUAGAUCGUGGAGGAGAGGAGUUCUAAGAGCUCUCUCAGUAAAGAAUAAAGUAGGGUUCAUAAACGGAAAAUGCGAAAAGCCACAACCUCAGGAUCCUAAGUAUGAUCAAUGGGAACGCUGUGACGAUAUGGUCACAUCGUGGAUCCUAAAUUCCAUCUCGAAGGAUCUGGCGGAUAGUUUACAGUAUGUCAAUGAUGCUCAGGAACUUUGGAAGGAACUUGAAGACAGGUACGACCAGACGAAUGGGGCAAAAUUGUACCAACUACAGAGGGAGAUAAAUGAACUGAGCCAAGGAACCCUAGAUAUCACGGGGUACUAUACUAAGAUGAAGAAGCUUUGGGAAGAAUUGAACGCACUAAAUGCACAUGCCCAAUGCAAAUGCAACUGCACAUGUGGUGCUAAAGCCAACAUGCAGAAAGCAGAACAGGACAGAAGAUUAAUCAAAUUCCUAAUGGGGCUGAAUAAAGUCUAUACUGUGGUUAGGGGCAGCAUUUUGAUGAUCAAUCCGCUACCUUCACUUGCACAAGCUUUUUCAAUCCUCAUCCAAGAAGAAAAACAAAGAGAGGUUAAACCAAACAUUCAAUUGCAAGGCAAUAGAGUUGGAAGCAGCAACUAUAGAGGAGGACACCUUGGGAAUAGGCCACGAACCUUUUGUGAUCACUGUAAGAGACAAGGCCACACUAAGGAAAGGUGCUACAAGUUACAUGGGUACCCACAGGAUCCAAGGCUCAAUAAGGGGAAGAGAAUUGCUGCUAAUGUACAUGGAGGACAGAGAGACAAUGUCAUAGAAGGUGCAGAUGGAAGCAAUGGUGCAGCAAAUGAACAAGAUAGGACCAUGCAAGCUCUCACUAAGGAACAGUACAACUAA